ACGAAGGCCAAUUAUGCUGUCAACAUUAGUGGACUUGAUAAUUGCGCGAUCACUCGAGAAAUAAAAUUAAUCGUACUUGAAACACCAAUGAAUUUCACAGAACUUCAUAUUAUCCCGACAUUUUGCUUUUACGAUAGAGUGAUGAAAUCCAGGAAUGACCAAGCACUAAUGGCAUUUUUCAAGGAAUGGAACUACCCCUUAGCCACAGACAUGCCAAUCACUUCCAUCAGAUCAUUGAGAAACCCCACCCCACUUAAGGAGGUGCUUCGAAUGGUGGGCCACAGGACAUUUGCUGCAGGUGCUGCUAAAAAGAAAGGCUCCAAAGGUGGUGCAGCUUCAACUGCACCAAAAGCAUCACUGUUGACCAAAGAAGUAAAAUCCACUACUGUUUUUGGAGCUAACAUCCUAAAAGAUGGACAAGACCCAAAAAUCCUGCCUGAUUCAGAGUACCCGGAUUGGCUGUGGCUGUUGCUCGACAAAAAGCCGGCCCUGAGUGAGCUUAGGAGGAAGGACGUGGAAAACCUUCCAUUUGAGGAUUUGAAGAGGUUUGUCAAGCUGGAUAAUCGAGCCAGGAUCAAGGAGAAUAAUUCUCUCAGGGCUAAGAAUUAGAAGGGAUUUGUGAUGGGGUGCUAUUUCUGUUUUUUCGGAUGUGUUUUCUUGUUAUAGCCUAGUGCAUCAGGUUAUUGACUUGUUUUUGUUAAAGUUGAUCAUGUGUCUGAUUGUGAAAUCUACUUGCAUGCAUGUAUGGAAAUUGAAUUCAUUAGAGGCAUGUCUACACAUUUUCACCUUUUGUCCUUAAUUUUUGGCAACUUAAGUCCCUGGAGGAUGGAUAGCUUUAUUUAGAAACAAGAAGGAUUACAAC